GAGUCCGCUACUGCUUUCUGGUCAACAGGAAGAGCGUCCGUCAGUCCGCCUCGGAGAAGGCUCAGCGCAACACGCACUGACUCCCAUGUAAUUCCAUAUUAUUUGUUUUUUCUCUUUUUGUCGGGGGAUGAACUCCUGAGGAUCGAAUGAAGAAACAAGUUUUACACAUUUUUACGUUUAGAGGAAUUAUCAGUAAAGGUAAAAAAGGUAAAAAGAGAAAAUGGCUAACUUCAUAUUACGAAAGGCCGAACCCAACGACGUGUCCGAUAUAUUGCGAAUGAUCAAGGAACUUGCUAAAUAUGAAGAAAUGGAAGAACAGGUCAUCCUAACCGAGAAAGAACUGCUCGAAGACGGAUUUGGCGAUCACCCUUUCUACCACUGUUUUGUUGGCGAAGUCCCGAAAGAAAAGCAAAGCUCAGAAGGCUUCACUGUGGUGGCCUUUGCCAUGUAUUACUUCACGUAUGACCCUUGGAUUGGAAAGCUUCUCUAUUUAGAGGACUUCUAUGUCAUGGAGGAGUUUCGAGGUUUUGGCAUGGGCUCCCACAUCCUGAGACUCCUGAGUGAGACUGCGGUGAAGACCCGCUGCAGCAGCAUGCAUUUCAUUGUGGCCGAGAACAACACUCCGUCCAUCGAGUUCUACAAGCGGCGUGGAGCCUCCGACCUGUCGAGCGAGGAGGGGUGGCGCCUGUUCGCCAUCGACAAGGAAGACCUGAAGAAGAUGACCACCCCAAAAUAAGAGCUGAUUCAACAUGAUUGAUUAGUAAUCUAGUGGAUGCCUGCAGUGAUUUGCUAGGCUUACAAUAACUGCAUUAGUCGAAAUGUUGUUUUUUCUUCUUUUAUGUGUAACCAUUAAAAAUGGGGUAUUUGUGGAACAUAAUCUAAGAAGGGAAAUUAUCAAUGAUAGAAAGGGAGUAUGAAAUGCUUCAAUAUAGCUAAUAUAAAUGUAAUAUUCAAUAGUUAUUAUGACACUUAAUCAAUGUGUUUUAUUAUACUUUGACACUAUUUUAAACCCUUAUGUUGUGUUCAGACCGUAAACUAGUAUGCUGAAGUAUUCAACAUGUCAAUCAUUAAUAAAUCAUAAAAAUGACUAAAGCUGAAUGGAAUAUAUAAUAUAACUAACCCUUUGGGUGAUAUGCCCGAUUAAAAACUAACACAUUAACUUUGACCUUUGUUGCUUGGACGCAUGUCUUAUGCACACUGAUCAGAGUGAUCUAUCAUUUGUUUUAUCUUUCAACGUAUUCAGUUGUGUCUGCUUGUUAAACUUAUGUAUUGGCAGUUUUUUUUAAUGUAAUGGAAUAUUUGAUUUUUUGCAAAAGGUAAAUAUUGAUUUUUAAGGCUUCAUUAAAGAGAUGUACACACACC